AUGCCUGUUACAAAUAGGAGCGGGGACCCGCGCUCAGACUGGUACAAGUUCAGCAAGAUUGACAGUGAAAAGAUCAUUCAGGCUGUGAAGAAGCGCCUAGGGCCCAAAUACACCAUCUCUCACCUAGGCCAUGCUGCCACUGUGCUGUCCUUGCUUAAGAACAACCCUCUGCCUGUCGAUGCUCCUGGGAAUAUAGGUCUUAUCACACCUCUGCCUGUCAAUGGACGCAGAUUCCUCCGUGACGAAGUUGCAAAUCAUCGAUUUGGUACUUGUCAGGCUGGUGCAGUGGUUGAGUUUCCGAGUUUGAAGACAUGGGCACCUUGCAAUGACGCAGAAGAUCCCACUGCUGCCUUGGAAAAACUAUGCAAUCAAGUCAAGGAAUCUUAUGACUAUUGGCUGAAAAAGGAAUUCCAAUUAGCUGUUGGUGUUUCGAAGGACAACUUUUUAGGCGCUCUCCUGGCAUCGUGA